AUGAUAGCAUCAAAGAGAUACCUCGCAUUCGCGGCAUUCGCAAUCUUCGUACUGUUUCUCGUAGCGCACUUCCACGACAGCAUCGCCUCACAAGCACGAGUACGCUACGAUACCUUCUUUCCAUCAGCGUCGAAGCACCACGCUGAUGGUCGAUUUCACUGGGCGGACGUUCCCGUGCAACAUCCCGUGGAAAGCUUGACGUCUUUACCAAGUGGCAAACCUAAGAAGCUACCACGAGUACAAUAUGACUUCAAAGACCAGUCACAAGCGCUCAAGCAGAAGCCGCGACAAGCUGCUGUCAAGGCGACGUUCGUAAGGGCUUGGAAAGCCUACAAACAGCACGCAUGGAUGAAGGAUGAGGUUACUCCGAUCAAUGGCAAUUUCAAGAACACUUUCGGAGGGUGGGCAGCGACGUUAGUGGACUCCUUGGACACAUUGUGGAUCAUGGACAUGAGGGACGAAUACGAAGAAGCAGUCAAUGCUUGCAUGGACAUUGAUCUCGGUAUCUCCACGACAGACACUAUCAACGUAUUCGAGACGACGAUUCGACAUCUUGGAGGCUUCCUUUCUGCCUACGACCUGAGUGGCGACAGGCGUCUGCUGGAAAAGGCACAGGAGUUUGGGGAGAUGCUUCUGAAAGCUUUCGACACGCCGAAUCGCAUGCCCAUCACGAGGUGGAAGCCACAAGAGGCGCUGUACGGCAAGCAAGAGGCUGACGGCGUUGUACUCGUUGCUGAGAUCGGAUCCUUGACUAUGGAAUUUGCACACCUUUCACAAGUCACCGGUGACAUGCGAUGGUAUGAUGCAGUCGACCGUAUCAUGCGGAUCUUCCACAAACAGCUGGACGAAACACAUCUCCCUGGCAUGUUCCCGGUCGUGGUCAAUGCAAAGGAGCUGGACUUCACACAGGACACCUUCUUCACUCUAAGCGCCAUGUCUGAUUCCUUCUACGAGUACUUUCCAAAGAUGCACGCUCUGCUAGGAGGUACUGAGCCAAUGUACACGAAGCUGUACACGCGCAGUAUGCAGACUGCCAUCAAACAUAACCUAUGGAGACCGAUGGUGCCCGAUGAAGCAGACAUUCUAAUGUCCGGCAAUGUCAAAACUGAGAUGUCUCAGCCGCCGACCUUGGAGCCGCAGGGUCAGCAUUUGGUGUGCUUCGCGGGAGGCAUGUUUGCGCUAGGUGGUCGACUUUUCGAGCAAGAGGAGCAAGUCAAGAUCGGUCAGAAGUUAACUGAUGGCUGUGUCUGGACUUACAAAGCACUGCCAAUGGGCAUCAUGCCAGAAGUCUUCAACAUGGUGCCAUGUCCGUCACGGUGUGGCGAAUGCAAAUGGGACGAACAGAAGUGGAAGACCGAAAUCGGCAAGGUCAACGACGGGACAGCAGAUGUCGAGGAAGCUAUCACGGAACUUCGACUACCAAAAGGCUUCACGCAAAUCCGGGAUAGGCGAUACAUCCUUCGACCGGAAGCGAUCGAAAGUGUCUUCAUCCUUUACCGCGCCACAGGACAGGAAUACCUUCUUGAUGCUGCGUGGGACAUGUUUCAAUCGAUCAUCAAUGCCACAAAAACUCCCUUGGCCAAUGCAGCGUUGGCUGACGUGACGUACGAGCCGGCAUUUCUCGAAGCGCAAAAUGCGCAGGUGAAGAUGGACGAUAUGGAAAGCUUUUGGAUGGCCGAGACACUGAAGUACUUUUACUUGAUCUUUAGCGAGACGAGUCUCAUCAGUCUGGAUGAAUAUGUCUUCAACACGGAGGCACAUCCAUUUAAGCGGGCGCUGCCUUGA